AUGAAGCUCAGUGUGGCAUUCUUCACCUUGGUCUGUCUGGGCCUUUUCGCCCUCGCUCUCGCCCAUGACGGUAAUGAGUGCCUCUUAAGGCAAGACGGCGGCGACAAGAAGGAUGGCGACAAGCAGAAGGACUGGGACUGGAACGACUGGAAGGACGACGAAAAGGAUUAUCACGACUGCAACGAUGAUGGCGAUGAGAAGGAGGAAGGCAAGUGCUUCUGGAAGGAGACCACCACCACAUCGACGACCAAGGACUGCCCCAAGCACACCACGUCCACGACGACGACCAGGAAGCACCGCACCACCACGCCCGACGAGAAGGACUGCCACAAGACCACCAGCACCACGACCACCAAGCGCCACCACGACAAGCCCUGCGACCAGUCGUAG